AAGGCGGGGACAGGCCAGGGGCUCACCUUUCAGCUUGGAUGAGACCGCUGAAGCCGUGCUGUCAGCCCCCUCAUUUAAGGGCCAGGCCAACCCGGGCUCAGAGAGGGGCGGUGAGAGGCUAGAGCUACACAGCGCGCGGCUUCCGCCGCUGGGAUUCCCCAAGAUUGCUCCGAAGUGGGGAAGGGCAGAAGCUAGAACGGGAAUCCGAGCUGCCCGCACUCCCUGUCUGCAGCCUCUGAUGCUGCCUCCCGGGAAGCCGGCGGGGACGGGGUAAGAUGGGGCUGCAUGCCCCGGGAAUGCCAACAAGAAGGGCCCGGGGCCAGCGCGUUUGGGGCCAUUUAUGGGUAACGUUUGAAAUUCGUGGGCGCUGGAUGAUGAGAGGAGGCCCCAGAGAUUCAUAGAGAACGAACCCCAUCGAGGGACCGGGACCCUGGCUUCAACUCGCAGGAUCCGCCACACCUCCGUUUGUCCACCUGUGAAAUAGGGCUUGUUUAGAUCAGCUCCCUGAUUAGCCUCUGUCAUAUGCCUCCUUUGUUUGUUGUCCCAUCCCAGACAGACCCUUCCGGAUCUUGUUUAGAGACCCCUGCGAGGGGGGCGGUCUGCGGAGUUGGGUCAAAGUCCUAAGAAAAACGAGGAGCCCUGUUCUUGGAGCAUCGCCUUUUUGCCAGAUAAGAAACGGAGUCUGUGAAAGGCGAGGCUGCUUGCAGGAGGCGCACAGCGGACAGGUGGGCGAGCCCCAGGCAGGCAGGCGGGCCAGUGGCCUCAAAGCCCGGCACCGCUCCUCACAUCUGACCCUGGGGUCAGCAGGUCAGGCCAGAGGGGGAAUGCCCUCCCCCCCAGCAGGUGGCGCGCGGGGCUUUUGCCUUCCUCCCUGUUUCCCCGAUGGUGGCCCAGAGGGAACCACCGCCAUCGACGGGUUGGACUGGUUUGGGAGGUGGCAGCCCGGGGGUGGGGCAGAAUCUAGCUACCUCUACAGGGCUAGCAAGGCUGCCUUUCCUGUCAGACCCUUCCCUCCCGAGGUCUUCUGGGGGUCGUCCCUGAGUGGAGUAGCCUUCCUUUCACGCCUACUCCAUCCCUUCUACCUGGGGAGCAACUCUGGCUCUUGGCCAAAAGCCCCCCCCCCCCCAGUAUGUGUUCUCAACUUGCCAUUGCCGCGGAGGUUUCAAACUGGGGCUGGGGGCCAGAUGGAGAGGCGGAGGUGGCAGGUAUUUUUGCAAAUAUGUUUGUCCCCUCCGUGCAAUGUUGUUGUUGUUUUUUUUAAUUACUAUUAUUGACUAUGCUAACAUUUUAGAAUCUGGAGUUUUCCUGCACUUCUGGAUUUCCAGCUUCCUAGAAUAUUCUGCACUUACCACCUUGGACCCAUUGCCUACAGUAGGCUGGGUGUGCCCCUCUCCAGUUUCUCCCAGGUCUGCCCAUUCACAUUUGGCCCCCAUAGGCAUUUCAAAUCAAUAAAAGUUUAUUGAAUACCUAUUACGCGUCGAGAGCAAUACCUUGAAACUGAGAUACAGUGAACAAAACAGACUCCACCACCCCUGCCCUCAUGGAGGAGUGGGAACAACAAAGAGUAACGCUAUAUACAUAAUAGAUGAGUGAAUUAGGCUUAUAUGAGCUUGUGUCUCAUUUAUCUGCUCUGGGACCUAGGUUGGUCAUUUCUUUGAGCCUCAGCUUCUCCAUCUGUGAAAUGAGGUGACAGUGACCUAUCUCACAGGCUUGUUGGAGGAUUACAGGAGAGGAUGGUGUCAAAUGUCUAGCACACUGGAGAUCCCUGCCUUCCCAACCCAAUCCACAUUCCCCCUGGAACUGUGGAUGUCUGGGUGGGACUGUCCAAUAUAGCUUUCUGUUUAUGGAUGGAAAUGCUCUAAUUUGUGCUGUUUAUUGUAGUGACCACUAUCCACAUGUGGCUACUGAGCACUUGAAAUGUGGCUAGUGUGAUUCAGUAACUCAAUUGUAAGUUUUUAUUUAAUUUACACUUAAAGCUAAGGUUGUGGCUAGUGGCUAUUGAUUUGGACAACACAACUCUAGAUGGCCUGAACUACAAGUCAGCUUGGGGAUCACCUAGACAAAGUCCUCCUCCCCCAGUUAACAGAUGAGAAAGUUUGGGACUUGGUCUACAGGUUGUCUUCUGGUCCAUCUCCAGGGAGGCUGCAGGGGCACUUUGUGGACCCAGCCCUUCUUUGGAAGAAAAGACAAGGGUGCCUCGAUGCCUUGGUUACCAGGCCCUGAUGCCUAGGUGUGGGCCCUCCCUGCCUAUGGGUGCCCAUGCUAUGGCUGCUGGCAGAUCAAGAGUCUGCUGGAUGCCCCCCAAGCAGGGCUAUAUGAUCUUGGGUAUUUUUGGCUACUCUUGGAGCAGCAUAGCUUAGGGCUGACGUUUUCCUGUGACAGGCACACAUGGGUCACCAUGGGCCUGGCAUUGGAGUCCCAGACUGGAAGCUGAUGGUGCCUGGACUCCACUGGAGCGGGGGUGGUGAUUUUCUAUACUCCUUUCCCACAAGCUCUGCUGCUGUGCCUGGGGCCUGGCAUGUCUAGGCGGGUGGAUGGCACAGGGCAGCUUCCUGCCUGGGUGGGUGAGGGUUGGAGGUGGUACCAUGCUCCCUGUGGGUAGUAGAGGUGGGGGUGGUGCCCUUUCUCUUGGUCACCUAACCCCAAGACCCCUGAGUCAGCAUCUUGCUUGGAGGCAAGGAGCAGAGCCACCAACUUGCUGAAUUAGCUUAAUCAAGUUGGUUGCCUCCCUGGGCUUCAGUUUCCCCAUCUGCAAAACGGAGCUGUUAAGAGGACCCACUGAGGUUGAGUCAGCUCGUACGCAGCACACAGCUCGGAGCCCACUUUGCUUCCUUUAAAAUGUGCCUUGCCCUUUCUUUUCUGCUCAGGCUGCCCAUGUUUUUUUCUUUUGCACCUUUUUUUCUCUGCAUUAGCUGUGCCGGGUCCUGGGAGGAGGGCAGUAGUGUGGGCAGAGCCAGAAGCACUUCAGCUGGUGCUUUCUGUCUUCUGAUUGGCUCCCUGUGAAUCAGGGGCGUGGCAUUUACUUUUAAUAGGAAAGGCGUCUCAGCCUCUUCCAAUCUUUGCUGAGCCUUUGUCUGAGCUGCUCAGCCACUCUUUCUUUCCCCCCCUGCAGCGGUUGCCGGCGUCCAGCUGCCAACUUUCUGCCUGGAUCUCUGUCUCCUCACUUCUCCGAUCUCCUCAUACAGAAGCAGUUGGGGUAUGUAAUAGCCAUGCCUGUGGACACGAUGUCUCCCGGAACCCGUGACACCCCCGCCCUACCUUUCCGCCUGCGGACUAAGGUCCCCGGCUACCUGCUACGGCGGCCAGCAGAUGGUGGAGCCCGGAAACCUAGUGCUGUGGAGCGCCUGGAGGCAGACAAGGCCAAGUACGUCAAGAGCCUGCAUGUGGCCAACACCCGCCAGGAACCUGUGCAGCCCCUGCUGUCCAAACAGCCACUCUUCAGCCCUGGGACUCGCCGCACAGUGCUCACUUCUAGCCGUCGAGCCCUGCCUGGCCCUGGCCGCCGACCCCAGCUGGACCUGGACAUCCUUAGCAGCCUCAUCGACUUGUGUGAUACUCCAGUGUCCCCCGCCGAGGCCAGCCGUACCCCUGGACGGGCAGAGGGAGCCCGUCAGGACCCCCCAGCCACUCCCCCACGCCCGCCGCCCAGUACGACUGCGGUCCGCCGAGUGGAUGUCCGUCCCCUGCCGGCCUCACCUGCCCAGCCCUGCCCCUCACCAGGCACUCCAGCCGCCUCCAGCCCUGCCCGGCCCCCGGGUUUGCAGCGCUCCAAGUCGGACCUGAGUGAGCGCUUCUCGCGGGCAGCUGCCGACCUGGAGCGGUUUUUUAACUUCUGUGGCUUGGACCCAGAGGAGGCACGGGGGUUGGGUGUGGCCCACCUGGCACGGGCCAGCUCAGACAUCGUGUCCCUGGCGGGGCCUAGUGCUGAGCCAGACAGCUCCGAAGGGGGCUGCUCCCGCCGCAGCUCCACCACUGUUGAGGAGCGGGCCCGGGAGCGCGUCCCCUAUGGCGUGUCGGUGGUGGAGCGCAACGCCCGAGUGAUCAAGUGGCUGUAUGGGUUGCGGCAAGCGCGGGAGACCCCCGCGGCUGAGGGCUAGGCCUCCACUGGACUGGGCAUUCGUUCCAGGGCAGAUCUUAGAGAGGCAAUUGGUCCCUUGACCCCUUCUGCAUCCAUUCCCUGGUUUGGAGCGGACCAGAGGCUGCCUGCUGCCUUGUGUGAACUAGGUAUGGAGGCAAAGGCUGGACCAGCGUCCAUCUGGCAAGGACUGACCCUGGAGAGAGUUAGUUACCUCCUGACCUUGGACCACUCCCUAUUCCUCACAUGUAGGGGUUUUGACAUGAGUGUACCUCUGCUGGGUUCCUCUCGUGGGUUUGGGGCACUUAGCUCCCCCCACUGAGAAUGAGCCAGGGAUCUUACCAGGCCUGUCUACCCAGUGGCUCUGUUUCUUUCUCCCUUCCUUGGCCUCUGUCUUUUGCUGACUUCCUCUUCCUUACUCACUGGGCUCUGGAUCUCUGGCAAUUCACCCUGGGGUGGGGGAAGGGAAGAGUGGUGUAUCCACUCUUCUUCUCAGGCUUUGGCAACCUGGCCUAGGUGGGGAGACUACAGUAGGGACUGGUGGGAGUUUGCACUGCUCUGACUUCCCUCCCUUUGGUUAAUAAAUACAAAUGCUUGUUUUUCAA